GACGCCCUUGCCGACUCUUACCGAACAGGCGCGAAAUGUUUCCUAGAGUACGACUAGCAGCGUCUACCUAUGGUUACGCCAAGCAUUGCAGAGUGUACACUAACAUUCGGCCAACAGUCCUUUGUGGAGCCUCGCGUAGAACGUUCAUUAGCUCCCCACCAUGUUCAAAAAAGGUCACGAAAGGUCAGGCAGACGACCUUUUCACCCGACAGACCAACCCACCAGUGUCGACAGCAACUUCCAAAACACCUCAAAAUACUAACACUGAAAGCGGCCAAGGUUUAAUAGACAACAGUAAUGCAUUGCUCGAGAUAGAUUCAAAUACCCCCCUUCCGUUAUUAAGGGCGCCAACCGGAUCUGUUGUCUUGGAUGCGGUUCGUGAAUACACCGAAAAAUACCCUACUUGCGUGCUUCUGAUGCAAGUUGGCGAUUUCUAUGAGCUCUAUGAACAGCAUGCAGCCAACUUUGCCUCUCAGCUUGAUCUAAAACUGACAAAGAAGGAAAUCACAACCGGUACCAUUGUUCACUUUGCCGGUUUUCCGUCAAGAUCGCUGGAUAGAUAUCUGGAAAUUCUAGUGAAUCGGGUGAAAGCAAAUGUCGCACUAUGUGAGCAGUAUACAACUGUCAGUGGCCACAUCAAGCGAAAAAUCACCCGAAUUAUCACACCGGGAACAUUAGUGGAAGAGCAAUUUCUCGAUGCCCAUGAGUACAACUAUUUACUUGCCAUCGACAUCGAAAAUCAGUCGAUCGGAUUGGCAUGGAUCGAUAUGUCGGUUGGAGAUUUUAAUAUGCAAAGCUCGGAUCUUUUACAAUUAGAAGACGAUCUGGCGCGCAUUCGUCCAAGGGAAAUCCUCCUUCCUGCGUGGCUGGAAAGUCAAGUUGAUCAUCCAAUUCAUCAAAUACUUCAGAAAAUUAAUCGACCAGCUGUAACCUUUCGACCUAAUGAAAUAUACGAUGCAGUUAGUGGAAGACAAAAUCUCUCAGCUAUGACCGAAAAAUGGACUGACGUUCCUUCACUUACCACACAAUCUAAUUUCAUGGACUUGGAACCGGAGCUGGAAUCACCUACUUUUAGCGAUAUAGAAGUAGCCGCUGCUCAGGCACUCAUUGAUUACGUUGAUAGCACACAGCUUGGGCGUCACCCAAUGUUACAAAAGCCUAUAAAGUUUGAUCCUCAAGAGGUGUUGCGAAUUGACAGCUCCACUAUGACCUCCCUCGAAAUUCUUUCUAGCAUACGGGAAGGCAAGAAAGCGGACAGUCUGCUCGGUGUUAUAGAUUGUACCUCUACCAGUGCAGGUUCGCGGUUACUGAAUCGUUGGCUGGUCUCGCCCUUGAAUAAAGUGGAUUCCGUAAAUAAGAGAUUGGAUAUUGUUGAGUAUUUUUACAACCGGAAUGGGCUCCUAGAUGACAUUCGAUUGGCAUUAAAAUCAAGCAACGACGCCCAGCGAGCACUACAACGACUCUCACUAAGAAAAGGUCAACAUUCUGACCUUUUGGAACUCAAAUGGACGUUUCAGGCAAUGAAGACUAUCAAAGAACAGAUUCUGCAAGAUUUACAAAAUGAAACGAUGGAUUCAGUCCACUCAGAAACCGCCGGCCCCUAUGGCGCUAUGUCUGCCUUGUUGGAUACCCUGAAUACUCAUGACCAUUUGGUGGAUUACAUUACCAAAGCUAUUGACGAAAAUUACGUCCUUUCCAGAAACACGAAAGAUUACAGAGAGUAUGGAUAUGUUAACAUGAGUUACAACAAAAAGCUAUUGUCAACGCACAAGAAAUUGAUGGGUCUUGAACGAGAAAAGACUGAGCUGUAUGACAGGGUACGCGCCAUUUGUGGAUCGUCUGUCACCCUAAUGUCAAGCGCUGCAUUCAAGCACGUUGUUGAGGUUGGAAAUAGACAUGCGCAUAAACUGAAAGAUGCCUUCAAGGCAACCCUUGUAAAUCAGACGCGGACUAAACAUAGAUACCAGAUUGAGGAAUGGACCAAGCUAUCGGUUGACAUUGAAAACACCGCUGCAUCUAUUAUUGAACUUGAAGCUCAGGUGUAUGAGCAACUUUGCGGCAUGGUCCUCGAGCAAUCAAAUGGCAUCAUACGGAGCUGUCGCGCAUUCGCCCAAUUGGAUGUCUUAUCUUCAUUCGCAAGGCUGGCAAUAGACAAUAAUUUCGUCCGGCCUAGUGUCAAUAAUGGAAAUGCAGUACAAAUCGUGGGAGGCAGGCACCCAGUUGUCGAGACUGGCCUAUAUCAUAGAGGACGACAGUUUAUCAAAAAUGAUUGUCAUAUUCAUGACAACCAAUCAAUUUGGUUACUGACAGGGCCAAAUAUGGGUGGCAAAAGCACCUUCCUGCGACAAGUAGCGGUCACAUUCUUACUCGCGCAGAUUGGCAGUUAUGUACCGGCGAAACGGGCAGACAUUGGCAUAGCCGAUCGCAUCUUCAGCAGAGUUGGUGCCUCUGAUAAUGUCGCUCAAAACCAGUCAACCUUUAUGGUGGAAAUGAUGGAAACGGCCAAUAUUCUGAAGAACGCAACGUCAAAAUCGUUUGUCAUCAUGGACGAAGUAGGACGUGGAACAGCCACAGAUGAUGGGGUCUCUCUGGCUUAUUCCAUCUUACACUAUCUUCAUGAAAAUACUCAGUGCAGAACACUGUUUGCUACCCACUAUCAUGAUCUGACUGACAUGUUGCAACAGGGCGACUAUUCAGGAAUAUCGUAUUACAAAACUACCAUUGAAGAAGACGCGGGCGGUGGUUACAUCUUUAACCAUCGGAUAUCUCCUGGUGUUUGCCGGAAGUCGCAUGGCAUUAAGGUUGCACAAAUAGCAGGAAUACCCGAUCAAGUCAUAUCGUUAGCAUAUCAGACUAUGGCCAAGCUUGAAGCCCAACGAGCUGAAAUACACAGGCGUGUCAAGACUUCACAUGCGUAGGAAAGUGCCCGAUCUUCCAAGUCACAGCCCCCAACCCAUAUGCUCCAAAGUCGUUGUUCGAGACCUGAAGUCUAAUGGGAACACAAAGUCCUUUAUUCCGCUAAAAUAAAUUAUUUGGAUGUUUUUAGAUGGAU